AAAAUUGAAUCAACUUAAUUAGAAGGAAAUCCUAUUCUUAUCCGUACCUCUAUUCUUGCUCCAACCAGCGCGCCUAUGGCUACCCCUGUGAUGAGCAACAGCAGGAUGUCCUCUGCCAUGGAGAGGACCGGCCAGUGGGUUUUUUCUCAAGAAAUCCCGACUGAUGUUGUUGUUGAAGCUGGUGAAGCCAAUUUCAAUCUUCACAAGUUCAUGCUGGUGGCAAAGAGCAAUUACAUAAGAAAGCUGAUAUUGGAAACAAAAGAAGCAGACUUGACAAGAAUCAACCUGUCUGACAUCCCCGGAGGCCCUGAGAUCUUCGAGAAGGCAGCAAAAUUCUGCUACGGUGUCAAUUUCGAGAUUACAGUCCACAACGUGGCGGCUCUCCGAUGCGCUGCAGAGUAUCUCCAAAUGACAGACAACUACUGCGACAGCAAUCUGGCAGGGCGCACUGAAGAUUUCCUCUCUCAGGUUGCCUUGCAUAGCCUUUCUGGCGCCGUCGUCGUCCUUAAAUCAUGCGAAGAUCUGCUUCCCAUGGCUGAGGAGCUUAAAAUUGUUCAAAGAUGCAUUGAUAUCGCUAGUGCUAGGGCUUGUAGCGUGGCGAAUUUCCCUUGCCGUACGCCUCCAAACUGGUGGACCGAAGAGCUAUCGAUCCUUGACGUUGAUUUGUUUGGAAGAAUCAUUGCCGCAAUGAAACAACGGGGCGCAAAAGCUCUAACCCUAGCCAGCGCUCUCAUAACUUACGCAGAGAGAUGGCUCCGAGAUCUAGUACGCGACCAUUCAGGCAACGGCAUCAAGUGUUCCGAGCCUACCGACUCUGAUCUUCGAAUCCAACAGCGUGAGCUUUUGGAGUCCAUGGUGGCGCUGUUUCCUGCAGAGAAAGCUGCUUUUCCAAUGCACUUCUUGUGUUGCCUUCUCCGCUGUGCAAUUUUCCUAAAAGCCUCCAGUGCUUGCAAAAACGAGCUGGAGAAACGGAUCGCCGUCAUAUUGGAGCAUGUCGCGGUCGAUGAUCUUCUCGUCUUGUCUUUUACAUACGAUGGGGAGAGGCUCUUGGAUCUGGAUAGCGUCAGGAGGAUCAUUUCCGGAUUCGUGGAGAAGGAGAAGAGCAUGGCUGUUUUCAACGGCGGCAACUUUAGGGAGGUAACUUCCAGUGCGAUGCAGAGAGUUGCAAAGACAGUAGACGCAUACCUCGGGGAGAUAGCAACCGUCGAUGAACUCACCAUCGCCAAAUUCAACGGGAUCGCCAUACUCGUCCCUAAAGGAGCCAGAAAGGUGGAGGAUGAUCUCUAUCGGGCCAUUGACAUCUAUCUCAAGGCUCACCCAAAUCUGGAUGAGAUAGAAAGAGAGAAGGUAUGCAGCUCCAUGGACCCCCUGAAGCUAUCUUACGAGGCUCGAGUCCAUGCUUCCCAAAACAAGCGGUUACCCGUGCAGAUCGUUUUGCACGCUUUGUACUAUGAUCAGCUGAAGCUAAGGAGUGGUGCUGUGGAUGAUCGUGAGCGCAACGCGGCAGACGCCGUGGCGACGAGGAAUCAGUUGCAGGCAGAUGUGUCGCUGGUAAAGGAGAACGAGGCCUUGCGAUCCGAGCUUAAGAAGAUGAAGAUGUACAUAUCCGACUUGCAGAAGAACAAUCAAGGAACUUGUUCAAAGAGUGCUGCAGGGAACCGAAAGCCUACCUUCUUCUCUUCCAUGUCCAAGACUCUAGGGAAGCUAAAUCCCUUCCGACAUGGCUCCAAGGACACUUCUCAUAUAGAUGACAGCCUUGGCGUGGACGUCACCAAGCCUAGGAGAAGAAGAUUUUCAAUCUCUUAAUUACCACCUGGCUUAAUUAAUUACCAUUAUAUAUAUAUGAAUAUAUAUAUAUAUAGGGCCUCCUACUUAGGGAAGGGUUUAAGAUUGGCUUGUGAUUCUUAAUUUUAUUCUUUUAUGCUUUUCUGUAUUUGUGAUGAAAAACGCUGUUAUUUAUAUAGCUAGGCUGAUGAAUUUGUGCACAACAAUA